ACUGCAUCUGCAUUGGCUCUUCCUUGAGCUAAGAAUGAGCUGUGGUCAUUUCCAUUGUCUUAUGUGCACUAGAAAACAUGAGGAAACCUCCCAACUUUUAUUGUUUCACCACUUUUGCGGAUCAUUCGCUUGAAUGAUUCCAUUCCUUGUCCGGGUGGGAUUUCUCCAAAGCCUGGUUUGGACUUUCUUAUGCAGAUUCUCACCACCAAUUGAAUCCCAUUGGAUUCUUCGAAUUCCCAAUGUCAUAUAUUCCGAUUUAUGACUUUCUUUUUAAGAAACUGAACGGAAACAACGUUCCUCUGAGGUCCUUAAGAGCCAGCUGCUCAGAUUGUAGCGUCAUUUACUCAAAAUGGAGAUAUCAGCAAGCAACGCAACAAGACUAUUGUGUCUUUACGGCUUUCUGGUGACUUCUCUUCUGUUUUCUCAAAUCAAUGCAGAUGGAAAAAUCAAGCAAGUCACAGAUCCCACUGGGAAUGUGAAUCUGAGUCCAUUUCAACAAUGGAAAAGUGCUUAUGAAUGCCUGCAAAAUAAAUCAACAAGUUGUUCAGACAAGUAUAUAUUAACUGAGGCAGGAUGGAUGAAUAUAACCACGGCAGACACAGAUGAAUUUUGUAAGCCUGGAGGGUGUGGAGAACAUACCAUGGCAGUGUUGACUUGCAUUCAUCUGGUUAAACGAGACUAUAAGUUUGCCAACAAGGCAACUGUGCAGGACCUCAUUGUCACAAUCACACAAGGAUGCGACUAUGGAUUCAAUGGAACCACAAUCAUUAGUGACGCCAGAAGGUCAAGCAAGAGUGGAAUUGAGUUCAUAAUUUCAAUUUUAGUAGCUCUGUUUCUGUUGAUGCACUUCCAUGAUUAAACUAUUAUGAUCCUUCUCUGGCAUAAUCAUAUAUAAAAGAGCUCUAUGUUAGCAUAUCAUUUGUGCUUGAUGCUGAACCCUGUACUUCAAAUAAAGGAGCAAUUAAGAAGGGUACAUGUGUAGAGAAAGGAAGUGUGUGUUUUGUGCUUAUGAUGUAAUCCAUUUUGAAAGAGAAAUGAAACAAAGCAUGAUAUCAGUCUUGUGGCAAA